CUAAUAAGAAGUUGGUCAUAAAAAUUCAUUCAUCAGAAAAAUAACUAACAACAUAAUGUAAAUACAAGAUUCUUUUUCACUUGAAGUUAAUCUUUGUUAUUUGCAUAACUUAUUGUUUAUAAUUUUCCCUGAAGGGGCUAAACCUCUGGUCACCCUAUGUAGAUUAUAAUGUUUUUAUGGAGAAGCAUUGAUUGGCUUUUUUUCUGAACUUCAGCUGCAACUUUUGGGAUCUUAACCUUCCUGACACCACAACUUUUCCAUCCAGGUAUCAUCUUAUUUGACCUCUGAACCCUUUCCAACAGUUCAGAGUUUUUCCUAAGUGCCUAGGUAGCGCUGUAGUAUCGAACAUUGGCUUACGGAACCGUUUGACGCGGAAAGAUAAAUGUCAGUUGGUCGUACGGGAUAUCUGUGUUGAAAGUUGUAUGUGGGAACAUUGUCUAAAGAAACGUUGCGAUGACGGAACUGCAACCACUUGAUAACAGUCACGCUGGAGUUUCAUAUGCAAUUGAUGAAACGAAACACGAGGUGAAGACAGAAAGAUGUGGUGUUCUAAGCGUUUUUACUCAGGGUUCCACCAAAAACAUUACAGACAAUACACCCGUAUUUUUGACCGUUCAUGACAUGGGAAGCAAUCACACAGAAUUCCAUUCUUUCAUUGAGCACCCAUCCAUGGCACGAAUCAAGGCUAGAUCAUUGUUUAUUCAUGUGGACGUUCCAGGACAGGGCCUUGAUUCAACUGAUCUCCCUUCUGAUUUUACCUUUCCAUCCAUGCAACAAAUUGCAGAAGAUAUUGUUUCUGUCCUUGAUUACUUUCAAGUCAAGUAUGUUGUGACUUUUGGUGAAGGAGCUGGGGCCAAUAUUCUUGCAAGAUUUGCUAUGGCAUUUCCUGAUCGAUGUCUUGGAAACAUUUUACUUCAUUGCACUUCAACAGUAGCAGGAGUGAUGGAGUACUUCAAUGACAAGGUCAUGAACUGGAAGCUGCAAACUAUUGGCAUGCAUGCUACAGCAGAGCAUUAUCUUGUGUUUCAUAAAUUUGGAAUGAUAAUAGCAGAGGAAAUUGAACGAGCUGAUAAUAAAGAUAAAGUCAUCAAGGAGUACAUUGACAAACUGCAGAGUCGGAUCAAUCCUAAGAACCUGCGUCUUUAUGUUGAAGCUUUCCUUUCACGUACAGAUAUUUCAGGUCUAUUAAAAGAACACAUGAAGGUCGACACCUUGUUGGUGACUGGAGCUAAGGCUUCUCACCUGCAUACAGUUCAUACAAUGCACUCUCACUUGGAUCCUCGUUUUGCUACCCUUCUAAAAGUAGAUGAUGUUGGUGAUGUCUUGCAUGAAGCACCUGACAGCUUAGCUCAUAAUCUGCUACUGUUUUGCCAAGGACUGGGUUUAUUUAGUACACUGCCUAUGUCCCGACAGUCAUCUUUCUCAUAAAGGCCACGGAUGAAUGCAGUCAAUAUAUAUGUUGUGCUCUUUCAGACUUGCAGAAAUGUGAGGUGACAGUGGACUUCAAAAAAACAAAUACUCUCACUUAAAAUCAGAGAAGACAUUUAGAUAUCAUAAAAGUGUUCUUUACAUUAAAGUGUUAUUGUAUUCUGUGUUGAAUGUUACAGAAUUUCUAUUUCAUUUUUUAAUUAGUUUAUCUUGAUUUGUUGACAAACAUUUCUUGUUAAGUUGAACCAUUGAUAAGUUUGUCCUUUUUAACAGUUAUCUUAAAUAUAUAGUUCUUAUACUGAUUGCAGAUUUAGAUUUGGUCUCAAUGUAUGUGUUUUAAUGUUCAGAAUGAAGUAAUUACAUUUAAAGAGCUUCUACAGAAGGUCAGAUGUUUUAGAAUAGAAAUCACAAUAUUUUUAUGGAUUGACAAUUUUGAUUAGAAUAUCACUCAAUAAACAUGUAAUGUAAGCUUUCUUUUUAUUUUAUACAAAUGCAAAUUCUAAUUUGCAAUGAUAUGUAAUGUACCUUUCCUAUUUUGUAUUAGAAAAGGUUUUGCUCUUGGUUUUUGUGAUCUUACGUCACUAGUUUUAUUUUAACAAUAAAUUGAAUACAGAUUUUACUUUCACGACAACUGUACAACUUACUGAGGUUCAUAAAACAGUAUUUUAUAUUUUUGACCAGAUAUACACAUACUAUAUUCUUAUAUACUUCUAUAAACAGAGUAAUGACUUGAAUUUCAUAUGUGCCUGAUUUGUGUUUUUUCCUAACACAAAAAAUAUUAUUAAAGCUACAAAGUAUAUUUAACAUACAGUAUUACAGUUAACUUCUGUGAGGAUUAGUUAUGAUGGAUUUGGUAUUUGUUAAAUAAAGUUUCUCCUACCUAA